AUGCCCAUCGUGGCCAAGGUGGUGCUCCCGACCGUCGAGCCCUUCAUCAUGGUCGGCGACUACGGGUACCGCCCGGAAGGCGACGAGUGCGUUGCCAACACCGACGGCCUGCUCGGCACCGCCCUCACCGUCAUGGUCUUCUUCUCCAUCUUUGUCCAGAUGUCCGAGGGGUUGCACUUCGGUAUCGUCCCGUACGUCUCGCGCCCGGCCCUUGGCGUCGUCUCGGGCAUGGUCGGCGCGGGCGGCAACCUGGGCGCCGUGAUUGGCACGCGUGGCAUCAUCGCCCCCGACGUCGACGUCGACGCGGGAUUCAUCAUGCUCGGAGCGGUCAUCAUGGCCACCUCGGUCCUGUUCUUCGGGAUUUACUUCCCUGAGCACGGCGGCAUGCUGUUCAAAAAGGGCGCCCUCGGCUCGUACGACCCGCAGCUGUACAAGCCCGACGACGCAGACCGCGGCUCCGACCAGAUGGACUACUCCGCCGCGGCCCCAGCGCAGAAAACGAACCGCGCGGUGGAAGCCGAUAUGUAA